CUCCGUGCAUCCGUCACCUCCCUCCGCAGCUCACUCUCCCUCCUCGACUCCUCAAUCUCAAUCCUCGACUCUGGGAUCUCUGAUUUUCCGCGUCUGAAGAAAGUGCUAUCUUCGACACGGCAUUUCGAACUCACGCCCUCCUCCACCCUCUCCUCCGCACAAGCAAGCCUCGCAUCCGAGCUCGCCCCCGCAAUAACCACUCUCUUGCAGCGCAGUGAGCAAUACAUCGCGAAGCUAGAGCGGAAACAAAAUAACCUCGCUGCGCGAUCAGAGUUGUUAGAAGGAAGGUUAGAGGGCAAGGAUAAAGGUGGCGGGGUGAGGAGACAGAGGAGUCUGGAGCGGUUGGUCAGGAGGGCGGGGACGCCGAAUGGAACGGGUGGAGGACGGGAGCAGGAGGAGAGGGCACUGAGGUUGAAAUCGCUGAGGCAGAAGAAGGAGAGGCUGGGGUAUGCGGUUGAGCGGUUAACGUUGCAGAGUCAGCAGAGGCAGAGGCAGUUGAGGAUGAGUGUUGCU